AUGAGCACGCCCAGGGGCUCGCUGAUCCCCCGGGAAGUGGAGACUCCCAAGGAGUUGCAGCUGCGGGUGACUCCUUCGGAGCUGAAGUUCCAGGACACGGCGGCGGGGAGGGUGUACCGCCAGCCGAUCACGGUCCACAAUCUGGGCCGCAGCAACCAGAAGAUCCGGUUUCUGGAUCCAGUCAAGCCACAGUUCAAACUGGUUUUACCAAGUGUGGAUAAAGAAAUUGCUUCUGGACUUCAGAUGACAGCUAUGGUGGAAUAUCAUCCUAAUAAAGAUGAAGACACUUUUGACCAACUACUUAUUGCAAUAGGAAACAAAGCAGUAGAGGUCCCUCUUAUUGGGUUGAUUCCAUCCUGCGAACUGGAAAUUGAUCAGGAAGUUAAUUUUGGCACUUUGGUUGCCAAUAGUAAAGUCUAUUGUAAAGAGAUUAGCAUCACUAACCGUGGCAAGGCUCCAGGUAUGUUUAUGACAGAAUACCAGGGUCAAUUACCCAUUGUCAUUUUUCCAACUAAUGGUAUUGUGGAGCCCAAGUCCUCAAAGAUUAUUAAAGUGGAUUUCUGUGCAGACCAGCCCAGAGUUGUAAAUGAAGCGGCCAAAGUGAGUUUGCAAGGUCGUCCAGACAUAUUCUUGAAUAUCAAAGUUCGUGUGGUUGAGCAGAUUAUUGAAUUGUUAAACAUGAAUGAUAAUAAAAAUGUGGAAUGCAUACGCUUUGGUUCUACUUUCUUUGGAACAUCAAAGAUUGAACAUGCACUUCUAUACAAUAAUAGCCCAGAACUUAUAAAUUGGGUGGCUAUCAUGCAAAAUGACUCAGUUGGAGAAGAACUGGGCACAAAUAUUCAACAAAGAACAGAUGUUGCUAUAAAUAAUCUCACCUACAUAAGACAAAUAAGGAACAUGGAUAUUACCACUUUUAUCUCCUGUGUUCCUAAUGAAGGGAGGUUACUACCUUAUCAAAAGACUAAAAUUACAUUUUGUUUCAGCCCAAAGAUAGUCGCCGAUAGUAAAAAGGAUAAUGACCCUUCACACAGGCAAGACUAUGCUAUCUUUUUGAGAUUUGACUCUGUAGGAAGUAAGGAUGGGUUUUUGAGAGAUGACAACACUAAGACCAUCAAAAAUGAUCAAUUUCAGAAACUGGAAUUAGCACUGACAGGCUCAGGACUUCCUGUUCUGGUACAGUUUGAUUCAGGAGGUGUUCUUAAUUUCCCACCUUGUUCCAUUGGUGAACAUUCAGAGGUUUCGUUUAUUAUGGAAAAUCGAUCCAAAUCACUUCCUUUGAUGUAUCACUUUAAAAAAACUGCAAAUUUCAGAAUUGACCCUGAAAGGGGCAAUGUUGAUGAAGGAUGUAUGCAGAAAGUGACAUGUUCGUUCAUUCCACAUCAAGUUGGAGUCUUUAAAGUGAAGCAGUUGGUAGAGUUUAUUGGCCCAGUGGCAGAUAAAAAUUUUCGGUCUUUAUUGCUGAGACCUUUUCAUCAAACACAGUUAGUUUUCAAGAGUGUCUGCAAACUUUCCAGUAAGAAAGUUGUGAUGAAAAUCAAUCACGGCAUAUCCCCUAUCAUCACUAAUCCUACGGGACAGUUUGUGAUCAAAGAUUUGGCAAAACACAAGGAAUAUGCACCUGUUGCAAUGCUUCAAUCAACCAUGACAACCAUUCACAAUCAUCGCUCAAGGAAAGACUCAGUGAAGAAUGCGCUGAUCGCCUUUCCCAAUGACCGAGCUGCAAGUAUCAGGCCUGGAGGCCAGGGGAAAUGUUUCAGGACGAUUUUCACAAAGAUUCCAAGAUUCAACUAUGUGGAUCCUGAUUUUGCGUAUACUGAUGCUGAAAUAUUAAAAAAGAAAGCACAUGAACAGUAUUAUAAAAGCUACAUUGAAUAUUUGAGAAAUGCACGCCUGCAGAAACAAGCAGAGAGGGAAGACGUGUAUUCCUAUGACGAUCUAGACAUAGGGUUGCAGCCAUCGUCAGGCCUAAAGUCACCGUCACUCAUGCAGUCGGAGCUGGAGGAGGAGCCGUCUUCUGCAGAACGUGAGCUCAAGCCUUACCAGCUGCUGUGCACCAGGAAUAUAGAAUCCAAGGAAACAAAGGCUCUAGGAAGAAAGGUUCUCAAAGGGCUUAAGUCGCACCCAUCCACACCUUCUGAAAAACGUGAUUGCAGCUUAAUGUUGACACCAAAGCAGAUUCAUCAAGUAAUCGUUGGGCCCUCUGUCCUUAAUUUUGGUGAUAUUUGUGUGAACUCCAUAAAUACUCAUCAACUGCAUGUUGUUAAUAUGCUACCUAAGCAUAUUUUGAUCCGUUUAGAUGUUAAUUUGAAAGAACUUAAGAAAACCAAACAAUUUUCAUAUGUGAUUCCACCUUCAACCAGUACUUAUAUUCCAAUUAUAUUUCAGUCUCCCACCGCUGGAAAAUUUUGGAAGUCUUUCACCUUUAGAGUGAACAAUAUACCUGGUGGGCACCUCCUGGUGAUGGCGGUUGUCAUGCCAGUAAGACUUGAGCUAUCUUCUAAUGAGCUAGUGUUAAAACCGAAUGGCUUCUUGUUGGAAACAUGUUUUAGGGGCACAGUGAAGUUGUAUAAUCAUCAGAAUUAUCUUGUUCACUUUGAAUGGGUACCAGUAAGCACAAGAAAAGGAGUAGCAUUUUCCAUUCGUCCAAGUAAAGGCACUAUUGAACCCUACUCCACACUGGAAUGUGAAGUAACGUGGCUGCCGGGCUUCAGUUCUCCAGAAAGGGGAGAGUUUACUCUUUGCGUUGAUGAAGGAAACACGAUGACACUGAAAUGUGUUGCACAUCGUGGUAACACCAAGGUCUUAUUUUUGGAGCCAAGGAUACUCUUCAAUAACAGCCCUCAAGGUUUAACAACUUGGAAGAAAGUCGUUCUUCACAACGUAGGACAAAACCAUGCUUAUUUCAAGGUUUGCAGUAAGAGCCUUUUGCCUAUCAUUAAAAUUGUCCCAUCAGAAGGAAUAAUUCCAUUUGGGGGGCUAACUGUUGUUACUAUCAUCUGUACACCUACCAUGGCAGAAAAAUUUGAUACAAUAGCAAAGGUUGCUAUUCGCCAUACAAAUGACAUAGACCUUAGGAUUGGUGGAACUGCUGAAGUUGCUAAUGUCGAAAUCAAGCCGGACAAAUUUAUCUUUGGUGGCACCUUUGUUGGCGGUACCCAGAUUAUUCCAUUUUUGGUAAAAAACAAAGGUGUAACACGUGCCAGAGUGGAGUUUAAUCUAGAAGGCCGUCAAUAUUUUUCAAUGGAUUUUAAAGACAAAUCAGAGAAACACACAGAUCCUGCAUUUCCUGACCUGUAUUAUUUAGAGUUGGAGGCAAAGACAUCCAUGGAAUGCGGCAUAUCAUUUUCUCCUAAAGAAGUGACGACGUAUGAAUUUAGCUUUCAAGUUCGAAUUAAUUUCUUUGAAUCUUCAAAACUUUACACUGAAUAUCAGUUGUCAAAGUCCCCUGUGCCUCGGAUCCCUCUUAUUCGACCGUGUUACGUUCAAGCUACUGUAUUGCAAGCACCAGUGAAAUUAUCCAGAACUGAAUUUAUAUUUGAUAUUCCACCAUAUGCUCUGAAGUAUAAGAAAAGGGUACAAAAAACUCAGCAUCUUGUCUUACAUAAUUUCUCAAAAAAAGAUGUGGAGUGGACUUUGGACAUUAGUGAAACUGAUAAACUUUUCAUAGAUGGCAUAUUCACCUUUAAUGUACUAAGUGGGAUUCUACAACCAAAUGCAGAGUGUAAAAUUUCCAUAAGGUUUUGUCCAACUCACCCUAUAAAGUACACAGCUAAUAUUCCUGUACGUUUAAAUAGUAGUCCAGUUUGCUAUCAAAUGUUACGUCUGUCUGGAGAGCUAAAAUUGCCCAAGUUAUUGUUUGACCCUCCAUUCAUAUUUUUCACCCCUGUUCCUUUGGAUGUAACAACUGUGAUGGAUAUCAACAUUUUACCUCAAAGUUAUUACAGAGAUGCAACUUUAAAGGUCAUGAUUCCCCCAGUAAGGCUUCUUGGUGAUGAGGAGGAGAUUCACCCUCUUUCUGUGAAUUUUCCAAAAGGCGCAACCAUUGCAGCCUCUCUCAAUGGAAUUAACAGUGAGCUCAUCUGCCGCUUCAGCUUCAAAUCAUCUAAACCUGUGUCAUUUUUCACCAGUGUUCUUUUCUGUGAUGACACAGAUUGCAGAUUUUCACUUCCAGUUACUGCCACAGCAGAAAACUGCAUGCUUACUGUUUACCCGUAUAUGGCAAUUCAUCUUGAUGAGGACAACAUUAUUGUAAGGAAUGAUAGGGACCCCAGUCCUGUGAAAAAUACUGACAAUGUUUUACUUCCAGCCGUAAAAGACGGAUUAUCCUCUUCUAAAUGUGACAGUGCUGAGCCUGCGAAGAGAUUUUUUAUUGGAGUGGAAACAACACCUGAAAAAUUGAACUUGGCCAAAACUGUAAAGACAAAGAAGAAAAGCGAUCGAUUGAUGGAAAAGGAGCGAGAAAAUAAGCAGUUUUCUCCUGAGCCAGGAACAAAGGCAUGUGGCUUCUUUCAGAAGGUUGUAAAUGCAGCUCAGACCUGGUUCAGCCUCUUCGGCUGGCCUGAAGGACCACAUUCCCUUUCUAUUCCAGAAACUAUAAGAAGGGAUGUGAGUAAAAUGCAAGCCUUCGGCUCAAUCUCAUUAGACCAAAAGCAUUCCAAAGCAAAUGACUUUUUAAGAUAUACUAAAACCAUUUAUGAUGUGAUACGCCACUUGAGUGGAAUAAUGCCUGAUGGAAUUAAUCCUAGUCAAUCUUUACCUGUGGAUUACACUGAAAAGGUCAUUCAACUCCAUAUGCAACAUUCUUCAGUUCUUGACUUUCUCAGUGCUCAAGGAGCAUGCAUUUCUCAUGUACUGCCAGAAUUUCUGUUUGAACCAGAAGAUUAUAAGAAGUGGAUUGAAAUUAGGUCUUCCACUAAUAUCUUGCCGGCGUGUUCCUCUAUACCUAAGGAAAAGCGAUCUAUUGUUAUAAAGAUGACUGAGUUUGAAGCCUGGAGUAAACGGGCAUGGACAGAUUUAUUCCUUCAGAUCUACAAGGUUCUGAUACUAUCCCAGGUUGUACCACAUUCAAUAAAUGAUGAGCCCUUGGAAUAUAUGCAGAGUUCACCAAAAGGCAAUCCUUGUUUUGUAUCCAGCAACAUAUAUUCUGAUUCUGAAAGAAUUCUGCUCAGUUGGUUGAACACGAAUUAUGAGAAUACCCGGCAUGUUAUAUGGAAAAACUGUGAGAAAGAUUGUGUUCCCUCUGAGAGAUGGAUACUAAAUUUUGACAGAGACCUUUCAGAUGGCCUUGCUUUUGCCACAGUGUUGGGAGCCUAUUGUCCAUUUCUGAUUGAGCCUCAUUUUGUAAAUAUGUACACACAACCAAAAAGCUCUGAACAGUAUUUUCACAAUUGCGUGAUUAUCGUGAAUAGCCUUUGUGAAAUUGGCUUUAGCAUGGGUAUACAGGCCUCUGACAUCUGUGACCAUAAUCCAAUCCUGAUGCUCAUGCUUUGUGUCUACAUGUAUGAAAGACUCCCUACAUAUCUCCCCAGGAUGUUGGUGACCUUUCAGUGUGCUCUACACGACACUGUGACGAGACAGGUUCUAGUGAAAAGUUCAAGCUUGAAACAGUUAGUGUAUAAAGCUACAAUCAUUGGAAGAGAUGCUGCUGACUUCUCCCUCUCCCAUUUUGGGAAUACUGUGACAGUUCCUCCGAAAGAUGAAGUCCAUAUCACUCUGAAAUUCACCAGUCGCUUCCUCUAUCCUGCUGAAGCUUCAUUGGUAUUAAUUUCAAUACCUAAGAAUGGAGUGAAAGGCACCACAAUGAUUUUUGCUCUUAAGGGUGAAGUCCGCAAAUUUAAACCCAUGAAAGUUGUAAAAUGCAAAAGCCCAUGUUAUAAAUGGAAAGAAAUCACUGUGGAUAUUAAAAAUCCCUUCCGUACUGCUGGCGACUUCAGUGCCAUUUUGGUGGAAUCCUCAACAUUUAUCUCCUUGACAUCGCAAUUAAAUGCAUCUGGACAAUUCAUUAAUUACAGAAACCAAGGUGAUGCUAAGAAUAGUAGUGAACAAGAUAUUGUUGAGGACUCUUUUCAUCCCCCCAAAACCUUAAAAACCUCAAUUAGGUCCAGUUUCAUCAGAGAAUUCUUCUGUUCCUCACCAACUCUUCACCUGGGAGCAGGACCAAAAGGGACUUCAAGCCUGGAGCUCUCCUUUAUUCCCUUUGACAUGCAGACACGCUACUGUAUCAUCAUCCUCAGCAACAAAAUGAUCGGAGAAUUAAUAUACGUUGUGGAAGGAAAAGGUACGAUCCCCUUGCCUUCCAGCCUACCUGCAAUGACUUCCUCAACUUUACUGUUUAAUGAGGACGAUCCAGUUCUGUAUUUGAAAUGCAAACCCCAUCAUAUUUUGGACACGGACCUUAUACUGCCACUGACUAAUGAAGCCAAGGAAAAGGCAUUGGCUUUUGCAGCGCAGCAACAGAUGUCGGAUGUAGAAUAUCAGCGAAGGUUGAUCACGGGCACCCUGGAGAGCAGUAGCAUCCGCGUGGCCGUCGCCAUCCUGGGGCUGACCAGGGUCGAGACUUAUAUGCUUUUUAAUAUCUCAAAGUUAAAGCAGCCUAAGUCCAUUUUGUACACAACAGACGUGAGCCUUCCAGACUAUUUUUAUGUCUCCAAGGAAAUUCACAUUCCUCAGUAUCCGGAAAGUCAAGUGAAAGGACUUAAACCUGCAAAUAGAAAAGAAGGAUCUUUUUCAGUUUCUUUACAAUUUGCUCCUCUCUGUCCUGGGCGCUACCCUUGUAAAAUUUUGUUGACGUCAAGGUAUGACGUGCGGCUCUAUUAUAUUGAAGGCGUGGUGAAUGAUGAAUGUCCGGAGGCUAGAUUUGAUUUUGAAACACCAGCAUUUGAAGCCCUUACCCAGAAUAUUCCAAUAAUGAAUAAAACGAAGAAUGAAUGGAAAUGUCAAAUGACUAUAGAAGGAGAAUGUUUUUACGGACCUUCUAAUUUAUCUGUCAGGCCAGGUGAAACAGCACAGUACCCCCUCACAUUCAAACCUCUUUUGGAAUGUGAGAUUACGGGAAAACUUACUGUACAAAAUAAAACAGACGGUUCGGAGCAUGUCUUUGUCAUGAAAGGGAUUGGCAGAAGGCCCGUGGCCUUGGAAUGCAUCAUUGCUAACUGUCUCGUGGGGAUCUCAGAAGAUAGAACCAUAAUGGUGCCCAAUUAUACAAAGAGCAUGGUAACAUUUAAGGUAUCUUCAAAUCUUCCAAUAGUGUGGGGAAAGCCACUCAUCACCAUAGAGCCUGAUAGUGUAGGUCCAUAUGUUCUACACAUAAGCUCUUGGAAACGUGGUGUAUUCAAAGGUAAACUUUCAUUUUCCAUUAAAAGCAGACAAGAUGAUGGUUCUGAGAGAGACUCAGAUGAAGACUCAGAUGAAGAUGAAGACUCAGAUGAAGACUUAGAUGAAGAUGAAGAUGAAGAUGAAAUUCAAGAUCAAGAUGGAGUACCUGUUUUUCGGAAAUCAAUGUCAGAACAAUCGAUCAAGCUUGAUACGGAAGACUCAGAUGAUGAUGAUAGCAAUUUACGAGUCUGGUAUCAUCUUGAGAUCCAUAUCCACCCUGGGAAACCUGUAAACAUUAUUGAAAUGAAAUGUAUUGCUAUGGAGAGCCUUUGUUUUGAAAUACCUCUCCAUAAUGCAAAUGAGAAAACUCUUCACAUAGAAGUGCUGUUAUCAGAUCCAGCCCUUAGUGGACUCAAAAAAUUUGUGCUAAAUCCAGAAGAAUAUAUUGACUAUGCUGUAUGCUAUACUCCAGCGGCUACAGGCUGUAGAGAGGAAAGCAUUAUUUUUCAGCCUGAUAAGGUUCUCGAGUUCUGGUAUGUCCUGAAAUUUACUGUCGAAUUACCAAAUCCAACCAUAAUGCCAGAAAUGCAGUGUGACCUUGGAAAGUAUGUCACUCAGGUCAUUUCUUUAGUUAAUCCUACGCAUGAAACCUUAGAGUUGCAAGUAGAAAACAGUGAUCCUGAUGAUUUUAUCCUGGAUGCUUUCAAAUCACCACUGACUCUACUUCCUCACUCAAGUAGAACCGUAUCUGUUCGUUUUCACCCUUCUGCUCUUGGGAGAGCUGGUCACCAGGCUUCUCUUAUCUUCCACUGUGCUCAGUUUGAAGAAUGGCGAUUUGUCCUUUCUGGAGUAGGACUAUUUCCCCAGCCUCUAGAAAUAGAAAGAAUCACCACAUACCUUCAGCAGUUAGCAUCUACGGCUAUAACUUUCAAAAAUCCCACCAAGGAAAAUGUUUUAAUCGAUAUCAUACUAACAAAUCGGGAAAUGCCCAAGAAUCUCACCCUUGGCAUUCAGUGUGAUAGCUUCCUCAUUGAGACUUCUGCCUUCAAGCUUGGUUUGGAACACACACAAGGAAUUGAAUUACCUCAUAGAGGGAUUAUUCCUAUCCCAGUGUGUUUUGUUCCCAAAGUUAUGAAAUUAAGGAAAACAAUGGUAGUUAUUCAAAUGAGGCGAACAGAUGGACAAAAUUGGCCUAUUGACAAUUUUGAUGAAUUGAGCGCGGAGAUGAAAAGAACUAUGGGAGUAGACAGUGGAGAAAUCCGCGCAAUACGAUGGAUAUACCCUAUUCUUGGACUUCCACAGGCAAAACAUGAUGAAUUCCCUCCAGCUAUCAUAAAAUGUCAGGCCAGGAAACGGAUAGAAAAGGAGGUGGAAGUCACAGUGACUGGUGAUUUUCUUGGAGAGAAUCCUAUCUUAAAUGUAUCGGAUUUUAUAGUUAUUCCAAAAAAACGUUCAUAUGCAUCUUACGAAGAUAUCGACGGUAUACCUAUAAAACGUGAAUUUGAGUAUGAAAUUCUAUAUGAAUCUGAAGAUAUGAGGUCUGAAUUGCAGCCCUCCGUGGCUAUAUAUGCGAUGAAGAGAUCUUAUAAUAUCAAGGCUCAAAUGAUAACAUUGGACUUCAAUCUGAUAUUUUCACCAAAGAAACCAUUGAAGUCCCAAAUUACACUGAAAAUAGAGUGCAUAACAGAUGGGAUCUGGAACUUUCCCAUAACGUUGGUUGCUACUGAGCCCGAUGUGGAUGAUGUCAUUGAUAUUGAAGGGAGUGGCUUAUUUAAGGAAGCUAUUACUGAUUUCUGGCUGUCUGGUCGGAAAAGAUAUGCUGAUCCAUUCAUUGCAUACUUCCUACCUGAGAGUGAUCCUGAGUUUUUCGUAAAACCUCAGUCUGGAGAAAUUCCUCCUUUUGACAGUAAUGGCAUUACCCUCAUGGUGGGUUUUAAACCCCAAAUGUAUGGUAGAAAAUACAAAGCAAAAUUAGUAAUACAGACAGAGGAUAUGUACUAUUUGUAUGCUGUCAAUGGAUUACCUCAAGUCACCAUGCCACCAACGAAUGUAAAAGCCAAAAUCGACACAACUAACGAGGAGUUUGACAACAGGCCAGUUACUCAGCACCAUUUUAUCAAAGAAAAUAUUAACGUCAUAAGGACAGGGGUGUCCUCUACCAUCAAGGGUGCUCCUUUGAUGUUGAAGAAUAAAUAA